UUUUUAUUGUGUUGCGGUUGUUGUUGGGAAAUAAAUAAAUUAACUGAGUUAUUGUAAUUGUAUAUGCCUAAAUUCUAAACGACUGUGUCUUAGAACAAUUGCUCUUGGAGUUUAUGAUUUGAUGUAAACAACGUUAUAAACUGUGACGCACUUUCUAAGGUGCGUUUCGGGCGUAGUACCGAUGUGUUAGUGGUGCAGCUGGUGUGACAAUCAGCGGCCAUGUCGUCGGUGAAGGUGGCGGUAAGGGUCCGCCCCUUCAACUCGCGCGAGAUAGCGCGGGAGUGCAAAUGUAUCAUAGAAAUGUCUGGCAACACUACAGUGAUUCAAAAUCCAAAAGCUCCUCCGGGCAACAAGGAACCUCCUAAAAGCUUCAACUUUGAUUUCUCGUACUGGUCACACAAUCCAAGUGACCCGGAGUUCUCAUCCCAAGUGAUGGUGUACAAAGACAUCGGAGAAGAAAUGCUCCAACAUUCCUUUGAUGGCUACAACAUAUGCAUAUUCGCCUACGGGCAGACGGGCGCGGGGAAGUCCUACACCAUGAUGGGGCGGGGAGAGGAUGGCCAAGAGGGAAUCAUACCUCAAAUUUGCAAAGAUUUGUUCAGACGCAUUCGACAAACCACCUCGGAAGAUCUUAAAUAUUCGGUUGAAGUAUCCUACAUGGAAAUCUAUUGCGAGCGGGUUCGUGAUUUGCUGAACCCUAAAAACAAAGGGAAUCUUCGCGUUCGUGAGCACCCCGCUCUUGGGCCCUACGUGGAGGACCUCAGCAAGCUCGCUGUGAUGUCCUAUCAAGAUAUAUACGACCUCAUUGAUGAGGGUAACAAGGCUAGGACGGUCGCAGCUACGAACAUGAACGAGACGUCGUCUCGCUCUCACGCUGUGUUCACGAUUUUUUUCACACAACAAAGACACGAUAAGACCACUAAUUUGGUUUCCGAAAAGGUGUCAAAAAUAUCGCUGGUAGAUCUCGCUGGAUCUGAGCGAGCUGAUUCCACAGGCGCUAAAGGAACGAGGCUGAAAGAGGGAGCCAACAUCAAUAAGUCACUGACAACUCUCGGAAAAGUCAUAUCAGCUCUCGCCGAAAUUGCGUCAAAAACGAAGAAGUCGAAGAAAGCUGACUUCAUACCUUACCGUGACUCGGUGCUCACGUGGCUGCUUCGUGAGAACCUCGGCGGGAACUCCAAGACCGCCAUGAUAGCGGCCAUAUCACCCGCCGACAUUAACUACGACGAAACUCUUAGUACAUUGAGAUACGCAGAUCGCGCCAAGCAGAUCGUUUGCAAAGCCGUCGUCAACGAAGACGCGAAUGCAAAACUUAUCCGUGAACUCAAAGAAGAAAUACUCAAACUUCGCGAACUGCUCAAAGCUGAAGGCAUCGACGUUGAAGAAGGACCAGAUGGUAGAGUCGUUUAUGAAAAGAAAGAACAGCCUACCACAGGAGAAGAGAACGUGUCGCCGAUGCGCAAGAAGAGCGAGUCUGAAUCCGCCUUGUCUCCCAAGCUGUCCCGAGCUGCUACCACUAUCGCUGAAGAAGCUGUCGACCAGCUGCAGGCUUCUGAAAAGCUUAUUGCAGAACUCAACGAGACCUGGGAAGAGAAGCUUAAACGCACUGAGCAAAUUCGCGUUCAGCGUGAAGCGGUGUUCGCUGAAAUGGGUCUUGCGGUUAAAGAGGGCGUCACUGUAGGCGUUUACUCCCCGAAGAAAACACCUCACUUGGUCAACUUGAACGAGGAUCCUAAUCUAUCAGAAUGUCUUCUUUAUUACAUAAAAGACGGUGUAACACGCCUCGGCACCGCUGAAGGUCAGGUCCCGCAAGAUAUCCAGCUCUGCGGCUCACAUAUCCUGAGCGAGCACUGCAUCUUCGAGAACACGGAUGGCGUGAUUUGCCUCAUACCGCAUCGUGGAGCGCUCGUUUAUGUCAAUGGUCGUGAGGUCAACGAACCUAUAAUACUGAAGACUGGAUCUCGUGUGAUCCUGGGAAAGAACCACGUGUUCCGAUUCACUCAUCCCGGACAGCCUCGCGAAGAGCCCGUGUCUAAUAAGGACACAGUCAAUGAUACGCCCGGAACGAAUACGGAUAACGCACCGAGUGACACGGAGACCGUUGAUUGGGACUUCGCGCAAUGCGAGUUGCUGGAGAAGCAGGGAAUCGAUUUGAAGGCCGAAAUGCAGAAACGAUUAAUGGCCUUAGAGGAACAGUUCCGUAGAGAGAAGGAACACGCUGAUCAGCAGUUUGAAGAGCAGCGGAAGAACUACGAAGCCCGUAUCGACGCACUUCAGAGACAAGUGGAAGAGCAAAGCGUCACCAUGUCCAUGUACAGCUCCUACACGCCCGAAGACUUCCACAACGAUGAGGAUAUAUUCGUGAAUCCCCUGUUUGAGACAGAAUGCUGGUCGGCGCGUGAGGUGGGGCUGGCGGCCUGGGCUUUCCGCAAGUGGAAGUACCAUCAGUUCACCUCGCUCAGGGACGACUUGUGGGGGAACGCGAUCUUCCUCAAGGAAGCGAACGCGAUAUCCGUGGAGCUGCGCAAGAAGGUGCAGUUCCAGUUCACGCUGCUGACGGACACGCCGUACUCGCCGCUGCCGGGCGAGCUGGCGCCGCGCGACGACGGCGACGACGACUACCGCCCCUCCGCGCCCACCGUCGUCGCCGUCGAGGUCACCGACACCAAGAACGGCGCCACGCACUACUGGACGCUCGAGAAGCUGCGCCACCGGCUGGAGCUCAUGCGGCAGAUAUACAACAUGAACGAGAGCGCUUGCGCCGACGACGAGCCCGCGCCCCCCGCGCCCCCCGCGCCCGCCGCGCCCGCCGCGCCCGCCGACCCCGCUCUCCUGCACUGUAUCUCCGCCUGUGCCAACAACACGCGGCUCUCGCUCGCCAACCUGCUGCCCUCGAGGCAACGCUUAGAACUGAUGCGUGAGAUGUACCACAACGAGGCGGAGCUGUCGCCCACCUCGCCCGAUCACAACAUCGAGUCGGUCACCGGCGGUGAUCCGUUCUACGAUAGAUUCCCGUGGUUCCGUCUAGUCGGACGGAGCUUCGUGUACUUGUCGAAUCUUCUGUACCCGGUUCCACUUAUUCACAAGGUGGCUAUAGUGAAUGAGAAAGGAGACGUGAAGGGCUAUCUCCGGGUAGCCGUACAGGCAGUCAUCGACGCCGAAAAAAAUAACGCCGAAUUCGCUGCUGGCGUGAAGCAGUCAGCUAAAAUAUCUUUUGACGACGAUAUAGUGCCAGCUCGGUCAAGGCUGAAGGCGAUUUCGAGCGUUGAGAAGAACAACGCUAUUAACGCUAUCAAUAUCGAAGAUCGACCCGAACAAGACUCGAAUAUCAAGAUUGAAGAACUAGCAGUCGGCGAGUGCGACGCCGACAGCGGGCGGGGCGACAGCUCGCUGGCCUCGGAGCUGAAGGAGGAGGACCUGCCCGACCACCUCACGCUGGGCCGCGAGUUCACCUUCCGCGUGACCGUGCUGCAGGCGCACAGCGUGUCCACGGACUACGCCGACGUGUUCUGCCAGUUCAACUUUCUGCAUAGAAACGAAGACGCUUUCUCGACCGAGCCUGUCAAGAAUGCCGGAAAGAACACACCUCUCGGAUUCUAUCACGUGCAAAAUAUCACCGUUCCAGUGACGAAGUCGUUCGUCGAAUACAUAAAAUCGCAACCGAUAGUAUUCGAAGUUUUUGGACAUUACCAGCAACACCCUCUGCAUAAGGACGCGAAGCAGGACGGGCCGGUGGGGCGCGCCCCCCCGCGCCGCAUGCUGCCCCCCUCGCUGCCCAUCUCGGCGCCCGUGCGCAGCCCCAAGUGGGGCGCGGCCAGCGUGGCGCCGCCCUGCUGCUCGUCGCACCUGCACUCCAAGCACGACCUGCUCGUCUGGUUCGAGAUCUGCGAGCUGGCUCCCAGCGGCGACUACGUGCCGGCGGUGGUGGAACACAGCGACGAGUUGCCGUGUCGAGGCCUGUUCCUCCUGCAUCAGGGAAUCCAGCGACGCAUCCGCAUCACUAUACUUCACGAGCCGUCCUCUGACUUGCAGUGGACUGACGUCAGGGAACUUGUCGUCGGACGUAUUCGGAACACACCGGAGCCAAACGAUGACUCAAAUGACGGUGACGAAGAUGGAGCCCUGUCUCUCGGCUUGUUCCCCGGAGAACGACCAUCGUUGGACGAUCGGGCUGUGUUCAGGUUCGAAGCCGCUUGGGACAGCAGUCUGCACGGAUCCCCGCUCCUGAACAGAGUCAGCGCUAACGGAGAAGUUGUGUAUAUUACACUUAGUGCUUAUCUCGAGGUGGAGAACUGCGGGCGGCCGGCCAUCGUGACGAAGGACCUGUCGGUGGUGGUGGUGGGGCGCGAGGCGCGCACGGGCGCGGGCCGCUCGCUGCGCCGCGCGCUGUUCGGCCACCGCGCCGCGCGCGCCGACCGCCUCACCGGCCUCUACGAGCUCAGCCUGCACCGCGCGCUCGAGCCGGGUGUCCAGCGCCGCCAGCGCCGCGUGUUGGAUACGAGCGGCACGUACGUGCGCGGCGAAGAGAACCUGCACGGCUGGCGUCCUCGUGGCGACUCGCUUAUCUUCGAUCACCAGAAACGUAUCUGGCGCAAACUGAUCUAUGAUUGGCCGCUGGACAUUAUCGAUAAAUUCCAGUGGGAGCUUGAGAAGAUGACACGAUUGGAGCAGGUCGGUCGGACAAGACAUUUCCUAGCGCUCCGCGAGCGCCUUCGUCACGGACACGAAAACACAGUCGCACCCAACGACUUUACUAAGACAGAAAAGGAGGUGAGCAACAUGGCGGCGAAGGCUGCGGCGGAGUGCGCGCACGGGCGGGACGACGCCGUGUACGAGCCGUGGGACAUGAGUCCGCGCGAGCGGGACCUCGCCACCAAGUUCGUCAAGCUCAUACAGGGACGAAUAGGCAAUAAUAACAACAAGGAAGUCGAUGCAGCGGUAUCACCCGCCACGCCCGUGGACGAAGGCGUCUCGGCCGAUAUCUCGACGCCCAGUCUUCUGUCCUCCAUACACAGCGCUUCGAGCUUCGAGCUGUGCUCGCCGGAGCGCGCGCUGCUGGAGAAGGCGGCGGCGGCGGGCGGCUGGGGCGCGGGCGCGGGGGCGCUGUCGGGCGCGCUGGCGGGCGCGCUGGCGGGCUCGCUGGCGGGCUCGCUGCUGGGCGCCGGCGCGCUCUUCGUGCCCGACUGCGAGGAGGUGCGCGUGUCGGCCGCCGUGGCGCGCCGCGGGUACCUCAACGUGCUGCAGCACGGCACGCACGGCUGGAAGAAGCGCUGGCUGGUGGUACGUCGGCCGUACGUCUUCAUCUACCGCGAUGAGCGCGACCCGGUGGAGCGCGCCGUCAUCAACCUCGCCAACGCGCACGUGGAGUACUCCGAGGACCAGGAGCAGAUGGUGCGGAUGCCGAACACUUUCAGUGUGGUGAGCAAGGAGCGUGGCUACUUACUGCAGACCUUAGGAGACAAGGAGGUACAUGAUUGGCUGUAUGCGAUCAACCCGUUGCUCGCGGGACAGAUUAGGUGUCCGCGCGCAGGUCGCGGUCGUCGCGCCGCCGCCCCGCUCCCCCCGCGCCGCCCGCUCCCCCCGCGCCCCCCGCCGCGCGCCUCGCCGCAUGAGACGCCCUCACCAUGGAGUCUAUACUCGUUUAUUAAGUGCGUCGCCGACCGACGGACGCUCGCGCACAGACCGCUCCCCGCUUUGCGGACCUCGGAUAGAUAUUGAAACGGCCCCCUAGGCUUUUGCUCGAUCGCCCGAGGAGCUCUGGGUACGACUGAGCUGCUAAAGUAUAAAUAAUCUUUUUUUUUAUUCUAUCAAGUCGUGCAAAGAUGUUCGACCGAAAUUCGUAUCCAGAGUUCGAUCGGCCCUCGCAUUGAAUAUUAUCUCUGUAUCUAUUUUAUCUGUAGUUGAUUAGUUUUAUGUAAUCGUGGUCUCUUGAGCUAUUUAAUCUGUGCAUCUAUUGUUAAUCUACCACGCUGACGAUUAUGAUAUAUGUAUACUUUGAUUCUAAAAAUCAAUAAUAGAAAUAUCGAGCAAAAGUUAGGAGUAAAUGUAGAGAAUUCUGUGACUGGUUUGGUAGAAAGAUUAAAGAUAACGAAUUUCUUUAUUUAAAUUUUAAUUAAUCGAAAAAUAAUAAUUUGAUUUUUCGAAAGUGUGGUUUUGCAGAAUAAUAAAAAUACGACUGGAACGGGUGUCCUAGUUGGGACCACGUACUAAAUGAAUAUAGUUAAUAAUAUAUUUUGAAAUUAUCAUUCGAAAUUAUAUACCAAAGAAUCAAUUAAUUUAGCAUAUCCGUUUAUCAUUAACUGUAUUGUAUUUAUGGCAUUUAAUGCGAGAUACGAACUAUACGUAAAUAUAUAUGUGUUUUAUAUGUUGUUAUAUUUUUACAAUGUUCAAAAUAGUUUUAAAUUUAUGGUCAAGUGUGAGUUGGGUCCAAACCGGUGCACCGAUAGCGGAAAUGGGGUAAUAUAAAAAAAAAAAAACUAUUUACACAAAUAAUUACCUAAUGUAUUGAAAUGUAAGCGGGCUGUUUUAAUAUCUAUGGUAGGACGCACAAUUUUAUAAUAAGUUUUUUAUCUAUGUAUUUUCGACAGUGUAUAAAUGUUACGGGUCUUUGCAUCGCCGUUUGUUUUCUUUCUUGCCAAAUAAUAAAAUGAAAAAAAAAAUUAACUUUAUAUAAUAUACAGAGUAGUGUAUAAAAACUUCAUGAUUUGUUUUCAUAUUCCGCUGAAAUGUUAGUUAAAAUUUUAAUAUAAGCUUCAUAGUUUUAAAUUUUCGAGGUGCAAUGACUCAUAUAAAAAUGUUUGCAAAGUAAAAAUAAAAAAAUAAAAACAUUUAGUAUUUCGUGCAGUAAGUAUUAUAAAACAAAUGUUGCGCACAAAAGAAGUCGGCGAUGUCUCUAAUGGACUCCAUAUUGUACCGCGAGAAUAAAUAACGACGUACUAGGAAAUGACAAAAUGAAAUUAUCUAUAUGGAUUUUUCCCUAAUGUUACAUACAUUAUUGAUGUAAUUAAACUUGUAUAUACGUAUGACUUGAACGGUAGAUUAUAUUUUGAGGCUCGAACGGGCCGGCUCGGUUGGAUAGUCCGUAUGACGUCAUACGUAACGUUUUAUUUAAUAUCUAGUAUUGAUUGAUUGUAAAUACAUAUAUAAUUGUAUGGCAAUGUAGUUAAAUGUAGAACUACCGUGUUUCAAAAUAAUUUAAAAGCUUCUGAUAUCGAAAAUAAUUUAAUAUAUUUGUGUUGUAGUUUAUUAUAAUAUUUUCAAUAUUAAUGAUUUUAUUGAAAUGGAUUGUAUAAAGUAGGUUAAUGUGAUGUUACCGGUGUAUUCACGAUCGCGUAAUGAUUUAAAUCAUCAUUCGUUAGUGUCCAGCGUCACAAAUCAUUCCGAAGUGUCUAGUCACAACUACUCUGUAGUUACAUUGCAUGUGAUAGAGUAGAUCCAUAGUUACGAUACCGCGCUGCGAACUCAUCGCGUAGUUUGUUAAAUGUCUCGGUGUUAUGUUAAAUACACUUAUAAUCAUCUAAGGUUCAACCACCUACCAUAGAGUUCAUAAUGUCGCAGAGAUGGCAAUUUAUCACCGUAGUUAGAGUAAUUGAUGUGAUUAUAGUUUUGUGGCCCCCGUUAUAUAUUUAUUUCAUCAAUUCUAUGAUUCCAAACGACUCUUAACCUUGUUACCGCUUCGAUGGAUGUUAAAUAAAAUAAUCGUUACUCGACUAUCGCUUGUAGGUGACUAUUUUCGGAAUAAAUCGUAUUAUAUAAUUAUAUCUCGUGACAACUUUGUAAGCUUAAGUAAAUGUAAAUAAAUGUCUUUUAAUAGUUCUUUUGGCGUAUAUGAGUUUCAGAAAUAUUAGAAAAAAAAAAUUGAUACAUAUAUAUAAUUUGACAUGAACGCUUUCUUCUACGUUUUAAAAGUCCAUUCACCGGCUUGCGCCCUGAAUCGUAGACAAAUUCUCGGCAUAACACUAGAAUAUUCAGAUAAUAACUUAGCAUAGAUGAAUAGUUGUAAGAUCAAAAGUAUUAUCCAAAUUUAGUCAUGCUGUGUGUUAUAAUGUUUAUUAAAAUUAUAAAUAAUACAACAAUCGUCGUCGACGUCUCUGCCGGGCGCAACGAACUAACGUUACCGACACCUGAGCGUUGACCUGAAGGAUUUUGACGGCGCGCUUUAUUUAUCCGUUAAAACGUCCUCUUAAUUAACUUAAAGUUGUGAAUAUGUCUUGUGUCCAAAUUUGUUCUAUACCACAAAUAUAUUGCUAUAUGUGUAUCUCUCAUGUUAUCUAACGGAUGAAAGGAUCUCAACUCGUAUGUACUAUUUUUAAUAAAAAUGUCUCUAGUCAUUUAUUUAUAACAUUCCAACGCUGUUGAUUCCUCUUUUUCAACUAGCAUAAUGUAUUUUGCAUAGCAGAAUCGUAUUUAUCUAGUUUAAUAAUUGGAAUAUUUAGAACACGAAAUGAUGACGUAAUAUAUAUUUAUAAUUUCUCUAUCGAUAUUUCUUCGUUUGCAAAGCUUCGUUCGGUUAUAUUUUUGUAGUUCCAAAAGAUCUUUUUAAAUUAGAGAUGACGGCUUAAGCUGUAUUAUAUAUAUUUUUAUAGAGUGUACUCUAAAGCUACUGUUAUUUUUAUAGGAAUAGCUGUUUUCUAAAAUUAUGUUCACUGUUUCGUGUAAUUUAUGUUCAAGUAUUAGUUGUUCGGGAGUGAUGGGGGAGUGUGGGUAGAGGGGGGUUAAGUUAGCGCUUACCCGAGAGUAUACAAAGGCGUGGCCGCUCCGGGCCGGGCCUUGUGAUUACGAUAGUGAUUGUUGUUUGUUGGGCGAGAAUGAUAUUUGAAUAAUUAUAUAUUCUAUGUAUAAUUUAUGGAUUUCAUUCAAAUUUAUAAAAAUAAGAACAAUGUAAUAAUUGGUAAUAUUACUCAUUGCUCUAAAUGUACUAUCAAAAUAUAUUAUACACAGUGUUAAAGGUCAUAAAUAAAAUGCUUUGAAAAUUUCCA